UGACAUACGCUCCAAAGCCUCCCUCUGUGUCAGUGAGUCCCUCUGGUGAGAUCAUGGAGGGCAGCUCGGUGACUCUGACCUGCAGCAGUGAUGCUAACCCAGCAGCUAAUUACACCUGGUCCAAGGAGGACCGAACUCUGCUUCAAGGACCAGAGGGCGUUUAUCGUCUCUCCUCCAUCAGCUCUGGGGACAGCGGGGUCUACUCCUGCAAGUCUGAGAAUCAGUACGGACGGAUCAACUCCACGUCUCUACACUUAGACGUCCAGUAUGCUCCAAAGCCUCCCCUCUGUGUCAGUGAGUCCCUCUGGUGAGAUCAUGGAGGGCAG